AGAAGAAAUGGCUUUACUCGGCAGCACUGUCAGCAGGAAUAUGGAUUAUGUUAAUGUUAUCACUCAGCCCGAGGCGGCCCACCCCCACCAGCACUGCCGUUCGUGUCCAAGUGUGUGUAUGGUUGAGUAGUGUAUGAAGAAGAAGAAUCCAACAAGAUGAAGAAGAGUGCAAAUAGUCUGUCGCCGAUUGCGCCUCCGCUGCCGAAUACGCCCCCGCCCCAGAUCCGGACUCCGGUGUCCCCGUUGGGAGUUCCCCCGGGACCGGGCCCGUUCCGAUUGACCCCACCUCCGCCGCCACCACCGCCAAUCCCUCAGGUGGUGACGCCACCCACCCUCAGCAUCAGCACCAGCAACAACAACAGCAAUCGGUGCAGCAGCCUGCUGGACGCGGACGACGACAUUACGCCGAUCACCUCGCCGCUGCCAAACAUCCUGUGCCCCCAGGAGAUCUACACCAUCUUCAGCCGGUCGGACAGCGUGACCGAUGGGCCGCCGGUGUUCGGACCGCCGAGGGGCAUUCCGCCGGUCGCGUCCGUCGAGUCGUUCCGGCUGUCGGCCAACAAUCACAGGAACUCCAUUUUCCUGAACAACAACAACCCCAGUGCCAGUAAUGCCAACAAUGUCCCAAGUGCCAGCAGCGGCGGAAGCAAGAACCGCUCCCGCCGGUCAUCGGUCCUGUCGCAGAACAACCGAAGCCAGGACCGGUCGGCUUCGGCCUCGGUCAAGUCGCACCACAGCUCGGUCUCGAACUGUGGCGGCCGGAAGCGCAGUUCGACCCACAUCGAGAUGAAUCCGAGCCACUUUGAGCGACCACGGUGCCUCAAGUCGAGCUUUUUGCGGCGGAAGUGCAAGGAGUAUGCAGAUGAUGACGACGCCACAACCUCCGGGGUGACGCUAGAUGACACUGAUAAGCGGGUGAUAUGGUUGAACAAAACUCAACCACAAAAGUACUGCAACAAUCAUAUCUCGACGGCAAAGUAUAGCGCACUAAGUUUCGUACCCUCGUUUUUGUUCGAGCAGUUCCGGCGGUACUCGAACUGCUUCUUUCUGUUCAUCGCGCUGCUGCAGCAGAUUCCGGACGUGUCGCCAACCGGACGCUACACCACCCUCGUACCUUUAAUAUUUAUUUUAUCCGUAAGUGCGAUCAAGGAGAUCGUGGAGGACAUCAAGCGGCACCGGGCCGACGAUGAGAUCAACCACCGCGAGAUCGAAGCCCUCCGGGACGGCCAGUGGAAGCAGGUCAAGUGGAAAGAGCUGACGGUCGGGGACAUCGUCAAGGUGCAGAACAACACCUUCUUCCCGGCCGAUCUGGUGCAGCUGUCGAGCAGCGAGCCGCAGGGCAUCUCGUUCAUCGAGACGGCCAACCUGGACGGCGAGACGAACCUGAAGAUUCGCCAGGGCGUCCCCGCGACGGCCAAGAUCCUCGAGACCAAAGAUUUGCAGCAGUUUGAGGGCACGCUCGAGAGCGAACCGCCCAACCGGCAUUUAUACGAGUUCAACGGGGUGCUCAAGGAGAAGGACAAGCCCGCGGUCGCCCUCGGCCCGGACCAGCUGCUGCUGCGGGGCGCGAUGCUGCGGAACACCUCCUGGGUAUUUGGCAUCGUCAUCUACACCGGGCACGAUACGAAACUUAUGCGAAACUCUACCUCAGCGCCGCUCAAGCGCUCAACUGUGGACAGACUGACAAACACGCAAAUUUUAAUGUUAUUUUUCAUUCUCAUCUUUCUUUGCAUCGUGAGUUGCAUUUUCAAUCAAAUCUGGACGAAAGAGCAUUACAAAAAAGAUUGGUACCUAGGCAUAAGUGAUCUUUUAAGUAAAAACUUCGCCUACAAUCUGCUAACGUUUAUCAUUUUGUACAAUAAUUUAAUUCCGAUUUCACUGCAAGUUACGUUAGAGCUAGUUAGGUUUCUUCAGGCAACCUUCAUCAACAUGGACAUCGACAUGUACCACGAGGAGUCGGACACGCCGGCCAUGGCCCGGACCUCGAACCUGAACGAGGAGCUCGGCAUGGUCAAGUACAUCUUCUCGGACAAGACGGGCACGCUGACGCGCAACGUGAUGGAGUUCAAAAAGUGCUCGGUGGCACGGUCCAUGUACCAGCUGGAGGAAACCCCAGCCCAGUCGCAGCUGGUGCAGCACAUAAUGAACAACCACCACUCGGCGCCGAUUCUGCGCGAGUUCCUCACGCUGAUGGCGAUCUGCCACACGGUGAUACCGGAAAAGUCCGAAGCGGACAACAUCCAGUACCACGCGGCAAGUCCGGACGAACGAGCGCUGGUGUACGGCGCGAAACGGUUCGGGUACGUGUUCCACACGCGAACGCCCUCGUACGUCGAAAUCGAAGCGCUGGGCGUCCAGGAACGGUUCGAGAUUCUGAACGUGCUUGAGUUCACCUCAACGCGCAAGCGAAUGUCGGUGAUCGCGCGCAACUCCAAGGGGGAAAUCAAGCUGUACUGCAAGGGUGCCGACACGGUCAUCUACGAGCGGUUGGCGCCCAACGGACAGGCCUACCGGGAGGCCACCCUGCAGCAUUUGGAGGAGUUUGCCACGUCGGGGUUGCGAACGUUGUGCUGUGCGGUGGCCUCGAUCCCCGAUGACGUGUACGAGGACUGGAAGCACACGUACCACAAGGCGUCCACCUCGUUGCAGUACCGCGAGCAGAAGGUCGAGGACGCGGCAAACCUCAUCGAGACGAACCUGAUGCUGCUGGGCGCGACCGCCAUCGAGGACAAGCUGCAGGACGGCGUGCCGGAGACGAUCGCGUCCCUCAUCGAGGCCAAGAUCAACGUGUGGGUGCUGACCGGGGACAAGCAGGAGACGGCCAUCAACAUCGGGUACUCGUGCAAGCUGCUGUCGCACGGGAUGGACCUGAUCAUACUGAACGAGGACAGCUUGGAUAACACCCGCAACUGCAUCCAGAGGCACAUCGCCGAAUUUGGCGAUCAGCUGCGCAAGGAGAACAACGUGGCGUUGAUCGUGGACGGCAAAACACUCAAAUACGCCCUCAGCUGUGACCUGCGGACGGAUUUCCUCGACUUGUGCAUCUCGUGCAAGGUGGUGAUCUGCUGUCGAGUUUCGCCCAUCCAAAAAGCGGACGUUGUCGAUCUGGUGACCACGAACACCAAAUCGGUAACGCUGGCCAUCGGAGACGGGGCGAAUGAUGUAGCGAUGAUUCAGAAGGCCCACGUCGGAGUGGGCAUUUCCGGCGUAGAAGGACUGCAGGCGGCGUGUGCCUCCGACUACUCGAUAGCUCAGUUUAGCUAUCUGCGAAAGUUGUUGCUGGUGCACGGCGCGUGGAACUACAGCCGGAUGUGCAAACUGAUCCUGUACAGCUUCUACAAGAACAUCUGCCUGUACGUGAUAGAGCUGUGGUUCGCCAUUUACUCUGGAUGGUCCGGCCAAAUCUUAUUCGAACGAUGGACAAUCGGUUUAUACAACGUGUUUUUCACGGCGCUGCCACCCUUCGCGAUGGGUCUCUUCGACAAAGUGACCUCGGCGGAGCAAAUGCUAAAAGAACCAAGACUUUACGAACCAUCCCAAAGUGCCCAACUGUUUAACGUGAAAGUGUUCUGGUACUGGAUCUUCAACGCGCUGGUCCACUCGGUGCUGCUGUACUGGCUGCCGAUGUUCACCUACCAGGGCGACGUCAUCUGGGGGAACGGCCGGGACGGCGGCUAUCUAGUGUUAGGAAACAUAGUUUAUACGUACGUAGUCGUAACGGUGUGUCUGAAGGCCGGCCUGGUCACCAACUCGUGGACGUGGCUGACGCACUGCUCCAUCUGGGGCUCGAUGGUGCUGUGGUUUGUGUUUAUUUUUAUUUAUAGUAAUAUCUGGCCAGCGCUGCCGGUGGGUGCGGUCUUCACCGGGAUGGACGACAUGAUCUUCUCGUCGCCGGCGUUCUGGCUGGGUCUGUUCCUGAUCCCCAUCACGGCGCUGCUGCCGGAUGUGGUCGUCAAAGUGAUAAAGAACCGCAAGCAGGACAUCGCAACGCCCCACCCGAUCAAGGAGUCGCGAUCUUCAUGGUUUCGCCUUUUCGCAAGAGGAGGGUGGCACCGUGACCCAGACCGACGUCAUCAGAGCCUACGACACCAAUCUGCCCAAACCGGAUGGAAACUGAGAGUGCCAACCCGUUUACUUGUACGAAAAUUACUUUUCCGCGGUGUGCUGAGGAGUCGCGACCGGAAGCGGAAGCGCAAGUGGUGGUCAUCGUGGGGGAGGAGCAAGCAGCACCAGCAGCAGAAUCAGAUUCAACCGGAACGGAGCGGCCAAUCGGGGCUGUUUUUGCUGUGACACACACGCACGCGGUGGAAUUUCUAAGCUUACGAGUGGCUGUAAGUGUAUGUGGGUGGGUGUAUGUAUAUAAUAGUUUAACGAAAAAGUUGUGGGAGAAAAUCACUAUUGUUUUUAGUGAGGAGGGAAAAAACAACACAAAAAUCUGUCUAUACUGUGUAAAAGCGGCCAGGGUAUAUUUAUAGUAGAGGAAAACUAAUAUUGAGAUUAUUUAUUUUUUGUCAAAUCGUAUGUGAAAAGUAUUUAUAGCAAUUAGGUGGAUAGAAUUUUUUGCUAAGUUGGUGCACGAUCAUCGAUAUAUGUCUUGGAGGUGUUUCAAAGUGUAAGAGUGUAAAACAAUACAAAAUCGUUAAAAAAAAUAUCAAAAGUAAAACAAGUAUUAUUUUUUCUAUACCAAACGAGGGUAAUGCAAAACAAAACAACAAAGAGCAAAUCACUUUGUUCCGUUUUUAUUUCCACCCGUUUUUAUCUUCGACUCUGGAGGCUUUUUUACGGUACUUUUAGUGAGGUUUAGUUUUCUACGAAAACAAGUUAACAUUUGAGAGAAACAACAGAAAGAGGGAAUGAUUAAAACUUUAGAGACAAAUUUAUUACACUUCAGCUACUACUAAACUACUGCAAACCAGUACUUGAGAGACACCCCAACCGAUGAAUUGUUGAAUUUGUUCUCGCCUUGCAGAAUAGAAUGAAAGAAACAUUGGAAAAUAUUAUCUAAAUAUACAAAUCACAACAAAAAAAAAUCAACACACUCACGAGAGUUGUUAAAAAUAAAACAAAACACAAAACAAAAUAAAACUAGACAAAAAAUGGAGCAAAACAAAUUACCGUGCAUCAUCUGUGAGAUAAAAAAAAAGAAGUAACAAAUAACAAACAAAACAAAACAAAAAAUAUCUAUAGGAUACGCAAGCAAAUCAGCAAACCCAACACAAACUUUCACCCUUUGAAAAACUAACGAAAACAAUUCAGUAGAUAUCAACCGAGAGAGAAAAUAAACACUCAGAGUUUAACGAAAGUAGAAGAGUCAGUUCGGGCAGGGAGUGAAUGUGAGAAGCAGCAACCCGUAUCGAACUGGAAGAAAAAACACUUAAAACAUCAAAAUACGUUCAAUGUCUUGGUUACUGUUUGUUAUUGGUGAAAUACAAUGCAAAAUAAAUAAAUAUAUUUGAAAAAUCU